GUAUUACCUAUUGAAAUGUAGGGAAGUGCUAAAGACAUUAGUCAAAAAGUCAAAACUUCAUGAUUAUUCAAUCAUAGUCUUUAACUCAAUUUCAAUAAAAUCUUAAAUGGCGUAUUGGAAACCUAUCGUAUAUAUAACAUUUUAUUUCCAACGUCUACGUUCUAGUGUAAGAUAUGAAUAGGUGGGGAAAAGUGGAAAAUGGUCGGAAAAUAUUUGUAUUUCAGAGACUCAGUUGAUAAGAGACGUCUUUUUCUCGUAAUAAUAUUGUCAUGCAAUGUGUUGAUAAAUGUUUAUUUUAUUUAAAUACGAAAUGUGGAGCAGAAAUAGAAAUGGUCGAGUUUAUACGCACCGAAAUGGUUACGCUGUAAAUUGAAUUUAGUGAAUCCACGUACUGUUGGAGUAAAAAAACAUAUUUGUAAAAAUGUUUACAUAGUCAGGUUUUAAGAAAUAUGGCUAGGGAUGGGGACGUGCCUACCAUUUUCAAUCCGAAGAGAGUACGCACACCUUCUGUUAUAAUAACUAGCGAAGAGGUAGCGGAAAGCGUGCAAGGUGGUGAUGGUGAGCGCGAACGUCCAAAUGGUCCCCCCACACCACUUAGUCCUCGAGCGCCGCUUACACCGCAAACUUCUGUAUCUUCAGCUCCUCCGCUCACAACACAGCCUUCAUUACAGCAAGCCUAUAGCGAAUCCGCAGGAAGUAGUCAAGAUGAAGAGCGCCAAUUACGCGAUAAAAAAUGCCCGCGUUCAUGCUGCUCAAAAGUGGCUAAGAAGAUGUACUAUGGCCUUUGUGUCACAACUACUGUAUUUGCAUCCUGGGUAACUGUGACACAUUGCAUAAAAUACAUGUACCAUCAGAAGUACCCACACACUGAUAGCUCAUUGAGCAGCACUGAAUCUCCAAUAAACAAUAAUUAUACUUCCAGAAUUCGCACACAUCAUUAUUACAAUGCACCAUUCUUCACAGCAUGGUUUUGUACGAAUUGGCUCAUAUUCUUCUACCCUCUCUACCUGAUCAUCAUGCUCAUACACAACAAGUGUAAAUCAGCUAAUGCCAUUGUCGCAGACGCUUUCACAGACUUCAAGGAAAAGGGAUUCACAUUUGCCCGCUUUCUUAGUCGCUGUGGUCUAUUCUGCUUGCUGUGGGUGGUGACCAUAUAUAUGUAUACUUACGCUUUGAAGAUACUUCUCUCGACCGAUGUCGUGGCUCUCUUCGCCACCAACGUGUCGUGCGUCUAUUUGCUCUCGUGGGUCAUUUUGCACGAGCAGUUUGUUGGCGUUAGGAUCGUGGCGGCGAUCCUGUGCGACACGGGCAUCGCGCUGCUGGCGUACAUGGACGGCAUCACGGGCAGCUCCACGCUGGGCGGCGUCGUGCUGGCGGCGUGCGCGGCCGCCGGGUUCGCCAUAUUCAAGGUGCUGUUCCGCAAGGUGAUGGGCGACGUGAGCACGGGGCAGCGGGCGCUGUUCUUCUCCAUCCUGGGCGUCGUGAACGCCACGCUGCUGUGGCCCGUGUGCCUGGCGCUGUACCUCACGGGCUCCGAGCAGCUGCCGGCGCACCGCAUGCCGUGGCUGCCGCUGCUGCUGGCCAGCGUGGCGCUGCUCGUGUUUCAUUUGGUAUUCCAGUUUGGUAAUCUCAUGACGUACAAUGUAUUUGUAUCUCUUGGACUUAUUACAGCUGUUCCUGUAUCUGCCGCGCUUGAUGUGGUGCUGUAUGGCGUCGAGUUCGAGGGUAUGAAACUGGCCGGGAUCAUAUUGAUAGCGGUUGGGUUUUUCCUGGUCAUGUUUCCGGACAACUGGCCCGAUUACAUAAUGAGACUAUUGAGGUGGAGCCGGCGGCGCCAGCGCGGCGCGGACGGCGCGGGCCGCAGCCGCGACGCCGUGGACUACCGCACGGGCUACAUCCGCUCGCACCUGCGCUCGCCGUCCGGCCGCGUCCGGUGACCGCCCGGCGGGAAGCCGUCUCCGCCGU